AACGUUACAGCUUCCGCAUUUCUACCUUUAAAAACGGCCAGGUCCCUGCCGCCGCUGGCCUGCGGUAAUUGUUUACUUUUACCUUCAGGGGAAUCCCUCACCUAACACAGCCCAGGCUUGUCUCCUCCUCGAUGUACAUGCGAAAGCACAACCAUCCAGCAUUGGUGACUACACACGCAGUAGGCUGAUGUCCAGUGGGAGCCUGAGAAAACUGCUGGCAGGCUGGAAUGAAGUGUGUCAGCUGGCUGAGAGGAUGGAGAGAUCACAGCUAGAGGUCCUGGACCUCCAACACAAUCAUCUGACUGAGCUCCCACACAACCUGUUCAUCAAAGCACAGAGCUUGCGAUACCUAAAUGUGUCGGCCAAUAAGCUGGAGAACCUCCCUGCAGCCAGCCUAUCGGAUGACAGCUCCAGCCGCCUGGAGGAGCUCUAUGUGACCAAUAACAGCCUGUCCGACAAGUGUGUCCCUCUGCUAACUGGACACGGCAACCUCAGGGUGCUUCACAUCGCCUACAACCAGCUACAGACCUUCACUGCCAGGGUUCCCACUCUUUUCUAGGAAUCAUUUUCCAGAACUUUAUCAGGACAUUUUCAGUGAUGAUCUAGCUGCUAUGACAGACCAGAU